AUGGAUAUCAUGAAAAGAGAAGUUCUAGUUGUAGUGUCAUAUUACUUACUACUUGCUUCAACAGGGUUUGAAGUUUAUGCGAGCGAUUAUGACUACAGUUAUACAGCCGAGUGUUUGGAAAGACCUCUUAAACCUCAAUAUAAUGGAGGGAUAGUGGUAAAUCCAGAAUUUAAUGAUGGAUUAACUGGAUGGACCCUUUUCGGGGAUGCUAAAAUUGAACACAACGUUGCAAAUGAUGGAAAUAAAUUCAUUGUCGCCUCAAAGAGAAAAGGACCAUAUCAUGGUUUCUCACAAGAGUUUCAAUUGGAAAAAGAUAAGUUCUAUGUGAUUUCUGGAUGGCUACAAGUGAAUCAUGGUGAUGAUGCCAAUGUAGCAGUCAUAUUCAAGACACAAAGUGGUUUUCAACAUGCUGCUUGGGGGAUUGCUAAAUCUGGUUGUUGGUCUAUGUUUAAGGGUGGCUUAGUUGUUAAUGCUUCUGGUCCUGCUCAACUCUAUUUUGAGACCAAUAAUGCGGAUAUUGACAUAUGGGUAGACAGUAUUUCAGUACAAUCAUUUAGCCAAGAAGAGUGGACGUCUCAUCAAACUCAAACCAUUGAAAAGGUACGCAAAAGUAAAGUCGCAAUCCAAGUGGUUGACUCACAAGGCAAGCCUUUACCUAAUGCGACAAUCUCUUUGUUUCAAGGAAGAGCCAAUUUCCCAUUUGGUGUUGCAAUCAACAAAAACAUUCUUAAUAACAAUGCUUACCAAAAUUGGUUCUUCUCGAGAUUCAAGUACACAGUAUUUGAAGAUGAAAUGAAAUGGUACAGUACUGAAAAUUCUCAAGGCAAAGUAGACUACUCAACUUCUGAUGCAAUGGUCAAUUUAUGCAAGAGUAAAGGUGUUAGUAUCCGAGGCCAAAAUGUUCUUUGGGACGACCAAAAAUAUCAGCCAAAUUGGGUCCCUGCAUUGUCUCCACAACAACUCUCUGUUGCUGCUGGAAAAAGGGUUGCAUCAGUUGUUACGAAAUAUAGAGGCCAACUUCUUCAUUGGGAUGUUAUGAAUGAAAAUCUUCACUUCAAAUUCUUCGAGAGUAAACUUGGUGCAAAUGCAUCUGCUACUUUCUAUCGUCUGGCUUCACAAUUUGAUAAUAAAACACCUCUGUUUUUAAACGAAUAUAAUACAAUAGAAGUGCCAAGUGACGGACAAUCAUCACCAGCUAAUUAUCUUAAUAUGAUUAAACAACUUAGAACAGGAGGGUACGCAGGUCCUCUUGGAAUUGGAUUAGAAGGACAUUUUGGUGCUCCGACCAUAGCUUAUAUUAGGGCCGGACUCGAUACACUUGCUUCUACAAAAUUGCCCAUGUGGAUCACUGAGUUGGAUGUUAGACCAGAGCAAAAUCAGGCACAAGUGUUAGAUCAAGUUAUAAAGGAGAUAGUUGGACACCCAGCUGUUCAAGGGUUAAUAAUUUGGUCAGCAUGGAAACCAACUGGAUGUUUCAGAAUGUGUUUAACUGAUAACAAUUUCAAAAAUCUACCGACGGGAGAUGUUGUGGACAAAGCUCGUGCGACAUUAUCACAUGAGGGUUUGAUUGGGACUACAACUACUGAGGGUUAUUUCGAGACUUCACUAUUUCAUGGGGAUUAUAAAGCCAUUGUUACUCAUCCUUCCAUGGCGGAUUCGUCCUUUCACCACAAUUUGACAGUUACGCCCACAGCUGAAAGCGAUGAAAAAUUAUCAUUGAGUUACAAAUUUACCGCUGCAUAA